CAAGCCUACCAGGGAGGAGCAGGAGCAAAUCGUGGUGUAUAAUCCAGCAACGCUCAGACGACCAGCCUUGACCAAAUUUGUGCUGGGCUCCUUCGACGACAACUCCUCCGACGAUGAGGUUGUGGCCGGAGCCUUUAAAGUCACCAACCGGCGGAGCAGCCUGGCAGUCAUGGGCAACGAGACCGCAUCUCUGGCCUCUUCGAUGGAGCUUUCUACUAGCAUAAGGCCUAGCAUGUCAGGGCUGCAUCUGGUGAAGAAAGGCCGCGAACACAGGAAACUGGAUCUGCAAAGGGACUUCACCGUUGCCUCGCCGGCAGAGUUUGUGACCCGCUUUGGGGGAAACCGUGUUUUUGAGAAGGUCCUGAUUGCAAACAAUGGCAUUGCUGCCGUGAAGUGCAUGCGCUCCAUCCGCAGGUGGGCCUACGAGAUGUUCCGAAAUGAGCGUGCAAUUAGGUUCGUUGUCAUGGUUACCCCUGAAGAUCUUAAGGCUAAUGCAGAGUACAUCAAAAUGGCUGAUCACUAUGUGCCCGUUCCCGGAGGAGCCAACAACAACAACUACGCCAAUGUAGAGCUGAUCGUGGACAUUUCCAAACGAAUCCCAGUCCAGGCUGUGUGGGCUGGUUGGGGACAUGCCUCGGAAAACCCCAAGUUGCCAGAGCUACUGCAUAAAAAUGGAAUAGCUUUCUUAGGCCCCCCGAGUGAUGCCAUGUGGGCGCUGGGGGACAAAAUUGCCUCCACGAUUGUGGCCCAGACGGUCCAGAUUCCCACACUGCCAUGGAGUGGGAGCGGUCUGGUGGCCAAGUGGUCAGAGGAGCAGCGGCAGGAGCAGCGGGUGAUCAGCAUCCCCCUUGAGACGUAUGCGCAGGGCUGCGUGAAGGACGUGGAGGAAGGCCUGGAAGUUGCCAAGAGGAUUGGCUACCCAGUGAUGAUCAAGGCGUCAGAAGGCGGUGGGGGCAAAGGGAUCCGAAAAGUAGAGGCUGCAGAAGAAUUUAGUGCCUGCUUCAGGCAGGUGCAGGCAGAGGCACCCGGGUCUCCCAUCUUCCUGAUGAAGCUGGCGCAGCAUGCGCGGCAUCUGGAGGUGCAGGUCCUGGCUGACGAAUAUGGGAAUGCCAUCUCUCUGUUCAGCCGUGACUGCUCUAUCCAGCGCCGGCACCAGAAGAUCAUCGAGGAGGCGCCCACCACGAUUGCCGCUCCGUCCGUCAUCGAGGUGAUGGAGAAGUGUGCGGUCCGCCUGGCCCAGAUGGUGGGCUACGUGAGUGCCGGCACAGUCGAAUACCUCUACAGCAAAGAUGAGAGCUUCCAUUUCCUGGAGCUGAAUCCACGCUUGCAGGUCGAACAUCCCUGCACAGAAAUGAUUGCUGAUGUGAACCUUCCAGCUGCCCAGCUACAGAUUGCAAUGGGCAUCCCCUUGCACAGGAUAAAAGACAUCAGAGUGCUGUAUGGCGAGAGUCCAUGGGGUGAUACACCCAUCUGCUUUAACAGCCCUACCAAUACUCCCGUGCCUAGAGGCCAUGUGAUUGCCGCUCGGAUCACCAGCGAGAACCCUGAGGAGGGUUUCAAGCCAAGCUCUGGGACAGUGCAGGAACUGAAUUUUCGCAGCAGCAAGAACGUCUGGGGCUAUUUCAGUGUAGCGGCUGCUGGAGGGCUGCACGAAUUUGCUGACUCUCAAUUUGGACAUUGCUUCUCUUGGGGAGAAAAUCGGGAAGAGGCCAUAUCAAAUAUGGUGGUAGCUCUGAAAGAGCUGUCUAUCCGCGGGGAUUUCAGGACCACAGUUGAAUAUCUGAUUAAGGUGCUGGAAACAGAGAGCUUUCAGAACAAUGAGAUAGAUACCAGCUGGCUGGACCAUCUGAUUGCAGAGAAAGUGCAGGCUGAGAAGCCAGACACAAUGUUGGGUGUUGUUUGCGGCGCCCUGAAUGUUGCGGAUGCUGCAUUUAGGACAUGUAUGACCGAUUUUCUGCACUCACUGGAAAGAGGUCAGGUGCUGCCAGCAGCUUCUCUGUUGAACAUUGUCGACGUGGAGCUCAUCUACGAAGGUGUGAAGUAUGUUCUCCAGGUUGCCCGCCAGUCCCUGACUACGUACGUCAUUAUAAUGAAUAGCACGCACAUAGAGAUAGAUGUGCACCGGCUGAAUGACGGGGGGCUGCUGCUCUCCUACGAUGGGAACAGUUACACUACCUACAUGAAGGAAGAGAUUGACAGGUAUCGAAUCACCAUUGGGAACAAAACGUGCAAUUUUGAGAAGGAGAAAGAUCCAACUGUGCUGCGAUCGCCCUCUGCGGGGAAGCUGCUACAGUACAUGGUGGAAGAUGGAAGCCACAUUGCAGAAGGGAAUGUUUUCGCAGAGAUAGAGGUGAUGAAAAUUGUUGUGACCCUACCGGUGGAGGAGUCUGGCUGUGUGCGUUAUGUAAAGCGGCCAGGAGCAUUGCUGGAGGCAGGUUGUGUCAUCGCCAGGCUUGUGUUAGAUGAUCCCACCAAAGUGAAACCUGCUCAGCCAUUCACGGGAGGCCUCCCAACCCAGCAGACUUUGCCCAUCAUGGGGGAGAAGCUGCAUCAGGUUCUGCGCAAUGUGCUGGACAAUCUCAUCAAUGUCAUGAAUGGCUACUGCUUGCCAGAGCCCUAUUUCAGUGCCAAGGUGAAAGAGUGGGUGGUCAAGCUGAUGAACACCCUGCGGGAUCCCUCCUUGCCCCUCUUGGAGCUUCAGGAAAUCAUGACAAGCAUUUCUGGAAGAAUCCCUCUUUCUGUGGAGAAGUCGAUAAGGAAGGUGAUGGCGCAGUACGCCAGUAACAUCACCUCUGUGCUGUGCCGAUUUCCCAGCCAGCAGAUUGCAAACGUGCUGGACAGCCACGCAGCCACGCUGCAGAGGAAGGCAGAGCGGGAGGUCUUCUUCAUGAACACACAGAGCAUUGUGCAGCUGGUGCAGAGGUACCGCAGCGGCAUCCGGGGCUACAUGAAGUCAGUUGUGCUGGACCUGCUGCGACUGUACUUGCAAGUGGAGAUGCAGUUCCAGCAAGCUCAUUAUGACAAGUGUGUCAUCAGUCUGAGGGAACAGUACAAGCCUGACAUGACCCAGGUGCUGGAGUGCAUCUUCUCACAUGCCCAGGUGGCAAAGAAGAACCUGCUGGUGACUAUGUUAAUUGACCAGUUGUGUGGCCGAGACCCCACACUGACAGAUGAGCUGACUGCCAUCCUCAAUGAGCUGACACAGCUCAGCAAGACAGAGAACUCCAAAGUGGCGCUGCGAGCCAGACAGGUGCUGAUUGCCUCUCACCUGCCAUCCUAUGAGCUGAGGCACAACCAGGUGGAGUCCAUAUUCUUGUCUGCCAUCGACAUGUAUGGACAUGAGUACUGCCCUGAAAACCUGAAGAAAUUGAUCCUCUCAGAAACAACCAUCUUCGACGUGCUUCCCAUUUUCUUCUACCACACCAACCAGGUGGUGCGCAUGGCAGCGCUGGAGGUGUACGUGAGACGUGGGUAUAUCGCUUAUGAGCUGAACAGCCUGCAGCACCGCCAGCUCUCAGAUGGCACCUGUGUGGUGGAGUUUCAGUUCAUGCUGCCAUCAUCCCAUCCAAAUCGGAUGUCUGUCCCCGUCAGCAUCUCGAACCCGGACUUGGCCCGGCACAGCACUGAGCUGUUUAUGGACAGUGGCUUUUCUCCCCUGAGUCAGAGGAUGGGAGCUAUGGUUGCCUUUGACAGAUUUGAGGAUUUUACAAGGAACUUCGAUGAAGUGAUCUCCUGCUUCGCAGACCCACCUGUAGAGAGCUCCCUGUUUAGUGAGGCAAGAGCCACCAUCUAUGAUGAAGAGGACUCCAAGAAUGUCCGAGAGGAGCCAAUCCAUAUCCUCAACAUUGUGCUCAGAUGGGCAGACCACCUGGAGGAUGAAGAGCUGGUGCCAGUCUUCAGAGCCUUUGCCCAAUCUAAGAAAAACGUCCUUGUUGACUAUGGUCUGCGGAGAAUCACGUUUUUAAUUGCCCAGCAGAGAGAAUUCCCAAAGUUUUUUACAUUCAGAGCGAGAGAUGAGUUUGCAGAGGAUCGCAUUUAUCGGCACCUAGAGCCAGCCCUGGCCUUCCAGCUGGAGCUGAGCCGCAUGCGUAACUUUGACCUGACCGCUAUUCCCUGCGCCAACCACAAGAUGCACCUCUACCUGGGGGCUGCUAAAGUGCAGGCAGGCACCGAGGCCACCGACUACCGGUUUUUCAUCCGUGCCAUUGUACGACACUCAGAUCUAAUCACCAAGGAGGCCUCCUUCGAGUACCUGCAGAAUGAGGGUGAGCGACUCCUCCUGGAAGCAAUGGACGAGCUGGAGGUGGCCUUCAGCAACACGACUGUCCGCACUGACUGUAACCACAUCUUCCUCAAUUUUGUGCCAACAGUUGUCAUGGACCCUUUCAAGAUCGAGGAGUCAGUGCGCUCCAUGGUGAUGCGCUACGGGAGCCGGCUCUGGAAGCUCCGGGUCCUGCAGGCCGAGGUGAAGAUCAACAUCCGGCUGACACCGACCAUGACAGCGAUUCCCAUCCGCCUCUUCCUGACCAAUGAGUCUGGCUACUACCUGGACAUCAGCAUAUACAAGGAAGUGAGGGACCUCGGCACUGGGAACAUCAUGUUUCAGUCCUAUGGAGAUAAGCAAGGGCCGCAGCAUGGGAUGCUCAUUAACACGCCAUAUGUCACUAAGGACCUGCUUCAGGCCAAGCGGUUCCAGGCACAGACCUUGGGCACCACGUACGUGUAUGACUUCCCGGAAAUGAUCAGGCAGGCUCUCUUCAAGCUAUGGGGCUCCACAGAACUGUACCCCAAGGAUGUCCUGACUUACACUGAGCUGGUGCUGGACUCUCAGGGGCAGCUGGUGCAGAUGAACAGGCUCCCUGGAGGGAAUGAGGUUGGGAUGGUUGCUUUCAAAAUGAAGCUGAAGACCCCUGAGUAUCCGAAAGGCCGGGACAUCGUGCUCAUCUGCAAUGACAUCACGCACAAGAUCGGCUCCUUCGGGCCGGAGGAGGACUUGCUCUUUCUCAGAGCCUCAGAGCUGGCCCGCGCUGAAGGCAUUCCCCGCAUCUACAUCGCUGCCAACAGCGGAGCCCGGAUUGGCUUUGCGGAUGAGAUAAAGCACAUGUUCCAGGUGGCCUGGGUGGACCCUGCAGACCCGUACAAGGGGUUCAAGUAUCUGUACCUGACUCCCCAGGACUACACGAGGAUUAGCUCCAUGAACUCGGUGCACUGUGAGCAUGUCGAAGAAGGGGGAGAGUCCAGGUAUGUCCUCAUGGACAUCAUCGGGAAAGAGAACGGAUUUGGGGUGGAAAACCUGAGAGCUGCUGGUACCAUCGCUGGGGAGUCCUCUCGAGCUUAUGAAGAAAUAGUGACCAUUAGCAUGGUGACAUGUCGUGCCAUUGGGAUUGGCGCUUACCUGGUGAGACUGGGCCAGCGUGUUAUCCAGGUGGAGAAUUCCCACAUCAUCCUCACCGGAGUUACAGCUCUCAACAAGGUUUUAGGACGUGAAGUUUACACAUCCAAUAACCAGCUGGGAGGCGUGCAGAUCAUGCACAAUAACGGUGUUUCCCACAUCACAGUGCCAGAUGAUUUUGAGGGUGUCUAUACCAUUCUACAGUGGCUUUCGUACAUGCCAAAGGAUAACCGUAGCCCGGUGCCUGUCGCUACCAUAAGUGACCCCAUUGAAAGAGAAAUAGAUUUUGUCCCUUCCAAAGUCCCCUAUGAUCCCAGAUGGAUGCUGGCAGGGAGACCACAUCCAACUCUCAAGGGAAGCUGGCAGAGUGGCUUCUUUGACCAAGGCAGCUUCAUGGAGAUCAUGAGGCCCUGGGCUCAGACGGUCGUGGUUGGCAGAGCAAGGUUGGGAGGCCUCCCUGUAGGCGUCAUUGCUGUUGAGACCCGCGCUGUGGAGGUGACGAUACCAGCCGACCCUGCUAACCCGGACUCGGAGGCAAAGAUAAUCCAGCAGGCUGGGCAGGUAUGGUUUCCUGACUCAGCUUUUAAAACUGCCCAAGCUAUUCGGGACUUCAACCGGGAGCAUCUCCCUCUGAUGAUCUUCGCCAACUGGCGAGGGUUCUCCAGUGGCAUGAAAGACAUGUAUGACCAGAUGCUGAAAUUUGGCGCAUCCAUCGUCGACAGCAUCAGGGAUUUUAAACAGCCCGUCCUGGUCUACAUCCCGCCGCACGCAGAACUGCGGGGAGGCUCCUGGGUGGUCAUCGACUCCACUAUUAACCCGCUGUACGUGGAGCUCUACGCAGACAAGGAGAGCAGAGGUGGCAUUUUGGAGCCUGAAGGAACAGUAGAGAUCAAAUUCAGGAAGAAAGAUUUGGUGAAGACCAUGAGAAGGAUCGAUGCAGUUUAUGCAAGGCUUGUUGAGCAGCUGGGUACGCCCAAGCUGUCGGAUGCGGAGCGCACGGAGCUGGAGAAGCAGCUCAAGGCCCGGGAGGAGCUGCUGCUGCCCAUGUACUACCAGGUGGCCGUGCACUUCGCUGACCUGCACGACACCCCAGGCCGCAUGCAGGAGAAAGGCGUCAUUACGGACAUCCUGGAGUGGAAGAACGCCCGCUCGUUCCUCUACUGGCGGCUGCGACGGCUGCUCCUGGAGGAGGUGGUGAAGGCAGAGAUCCUCAAGGCAAACAGCGAGCUGAGCCACAUCCACAUCCAGUCGAUGCUGCGGCGCUGGUUCAUGGAGACAGAAGGAGCUGCAAAGGGCUACCUCUGGGACAACAACCAGGUGGUGGUGGAAUGGCUGGAGAAGCACCUGCAGGAGGAUGGUGACACCCAGUCGGCCAUUCGAGAGAACAUCAAGUACUUGAAGCGGGACCACGCUCUCAAGCAGAUCCGGAACUUGGUCCAAGCAAACCCCGAGCUCGCCGUGGACUGCAUCAUCCAGAUGGCUCAGCACAUCAGCCGUGCACAGAAGGCCCAGAUCGCCCGUCUCUUAUCGACGGUGGAUAAUUCCAGCCCGUCCUGAUCCGGGAGGCUGCAGGGCAACUGCCACAGGGCAGGAGGGGCACGUGGAUAAGCUGCUACUCUGAGAGCAGGCAUGGCUCUCCACCAAGUACUCGGCCCUUGAGCUGAAGCCUUAGACUCAUAUUGCGUGCCUAAACAAAGGCUGCCAGUAUUUGCAUUUUAAACUAUGAAGAUGGUCGCUCCAUCCACGUGGCAGUCCUGCUGGUACUGAGGCUGGAGUUGAUACAAGUUCAUUACAGGGGCAGUUUUGCAGAAGUUAAUGUUGGCCUAAGCAGGUCCCUGGAGCCUUGCAGCUGGGGACAUCCUAGAAGAUGGUUUUAUAAGGAAUUUAAAAUCUUUUACUCUGUUUUAAUUGCAAGUACUGGCAUUAAUCUUUAAAGCAAACAUCAGUUGGACACAUUUCACAAGUGAAUGGAGCCGGAAGCACAAAUGAAGUGGCACAGGCAUCACCAGGGAGUCACGUCAAGGAGGAGGCCUCUGUACUGCUGGGUGUUGUGGCUGGCUGUGUACCAGCACAAGGAAAUCUUGUUUAAGAAACAGACUGAUGUUUUAAAAAUAAACUAAGCAACUGUGAGGAGCAAUUUGUGUCAUUCUUCCCCUUGUUUGGGAGUGAUCAGUAGAUGUAAUUAUGACCAGCUGAUGGCCAGGAAAGGACUUGAUCAAAGCCAUGUCUUCAGCCUCUCUUUUUCACCUGUUGCCAAUGAGCUGUGUUUGUAGCUGUUGCAGUGGAAAUAGCAGCAGGGCCACCAUGAUUUGACCAGGACACAGCAGGGAGCUGAACUAUCUGUUCCUCUCUUCAGUUUCAUAUCCUUUUCUGUCUCGUGCCACAGCUUCUUCGGAUGUUUUCAGCCUGUGGCUGCCAUGGCCGCAGGAGAGGAAGGAGAACGUGGCUCCGGCUCUGCCUGCCCCAGGACGUCUGAGUGA